AUGGAAUCCGCAAAGGCUGAUCCAGUAAGGUGACUGUCCAAACAGGAUUUCCUAAUCAGUCAAUCUGGUAUCCACCUGAUGACCUCCAGACUCGAUUAAUUAAUUGGUGUUUUCGACAGAUUUGAAUAAUUCAUUUGACCUAAUGUUCCACAACUCGGUGACCUCGGUAGGAUUUGAACCUAUGACAGCAAGGGCGUGGUUUGAGUAUAGCCAAUGCUCUAACCACUUGAGCUAUGAGACCCCCGGGAGCAGUGAGUUUUCUCAUAUUUGGGACCUCGUAGCUCAGGGGUUAGAGCAUUGGCUGUAAUCAAGCCGCGACCUUGCUCUCGUAGGUUCAAAUCCUACCGAGGCCACCGAGUUUUGGAAAAUUGAGUCUAAUGCAUUGGUCAAAUAUUCCGAAAAACACUAAUUAAUUUUAUUUGUUGAGAAACGGAGCCUAUAUAGUUAGAACAGUGGGCGCUUUCGCAGCCUAAGUAGUCUUCAAAACCUAUUCUUCGUAAAAACAAUUAGGUGGAGGAAGGAGAUAAAGCUAGACUGCGGAUUAUUUGAGGAGUAAGGUCACAGCCGGAAGAUAAGCAUGAUGAUGGGUUCGCCGGUCGAACGUUGAACGCGACCAGAACCUCGUCUGCUAUAAGAGCGUCUCAAGUUUAAGUUUAAAAAUUUCCAUAAAGGUCGUCCAGUUGGAAAUAGCAGUCACCUAAUACUUCCACAUCAGAGGUCAGGGGUUGGUGAGGCAUUCCAAAUUCCAUCUAUGGGACAUAAUAUCCUGGCCACAGUGCGUUGAUUUUUGUUUUAACCUUCCCACCUCAGUCCUGAGUUUAUGUGUGGGUUAGUUGCUUAUGCCUGCAGUCACUGUCUUGUUAUCUUCAAAUGCGAGCGUACGUAUUAUUAGUCUUAUCGCAUCAUGGUCUGUUCUACCAUCGACAUCAUCGUGCCGUGGCGUCAGCAGUUCGACGGUGCCCGAUGGUGUUCACCGUGUGCUACUCAGCAAGGUGCAGCAGGCACGGUGACUUGCGCGUGAAUUAUUUUGUAGCACACUUGCGCAGCAUCUACCGCCCUCUCUCCUCCCACAUGUGGGCCCAGUGUCAAGACAGAGUCAAGAAGACCGGAGGCGGAGGAGGGCGCAAGUUGCUGGCACGGCCGGACCCGCACCUAUGCGUGCCAUCAUAACCCCCGAUCCACAACGUACAUUUGGUCAGGAUUUUUCACCACCACCAACAACAACACCCCAACAGGGGGUCAGAAGGACGAGGAUUAUGACUGAGCAGCCAUGCCCAUCACUUGUAUACCCAGAGGGAACGCAAGUGCAUCUACCGGCAUGGAACCAGGUGUCAGGGAACCGCCAGAACAUACCAGGCUGCGAGGGUCAUGGUUUGUUGAUACUGGCCUUUUGACGUAGAAGGGCGACACGUGGUCCUGCAUUUAGCCUGGACCGUCACCCUUCAAGGUUGGCUGACCAAACAAUCAUCGACUGAGUGCACUACCCAUGGACGUGCAUAUGGGUGAAUGAAUGUGUGAGUAUAAUGUGGACAGUGGUGGCGAAUUCUGCGAGUGAAGGUUGGUGCUCCAGGCACUGGUUUGCCUGUCUCUGUACGAUGAAUUCGCAAGUGACCGAUCAGGCCGAUGCGUGAGGUGAAGGUGUGAUUGCAAUGCGGACAUGUAUACACUAGGUCCUCACCAUUGGUGUCGACGGUGGUGAUGGUGUUGGUGUUUGUUAGAGUGUCAGGAUUGUGUGUAGUGUUGAUGGGCAUGGUAUAUGCCAUAGCGCAGACGUGGAGACGGUGAAUGGUCCUGCUGCUGCUGCUGCUGUUGCUGCUGCUGCUGCUGCUGAUGAUGAUGAUGAUGAUGAUGAUGAUGAUGAUGAUGAUGAUGAUGAUGAUGAUGAUGAUGAUGAUGAUGAUGAUGAUGAUGAUGAUGAUGAUGAUGAUGAUGAUGAUGGGGAGGUCUGGUUAAUUGCUUUUGGCUUGCUCCUCCUCCCCCUCCUUAUCAGCCAACCUGGAAUGUCCUUUGAAAUCGUGGACACGUUGGAGGCGAAUGGGCGUUGGCGGCGGUGA